AUGCGCCACCUCAACGGCUUACUGAUAUCUCAGUUUGGUCCUCAUGCUCACCUCUUUUCCUUUUGCUUCCACCCCAUCCUGGCUGACCUUGCACUGCGCUUCCAUACCGUCGGCCGCAAGCCGUGGGCAGAGCGAGAGCCCACUACCAUGACGCAGACUACCACGGCCUUGCCGCCACUGAGCGCAGCCUGGGACCCGAGCCUCGCAACGCCCGACACGGACGAGUUUUGCUGGACGCCGCUGCAGCUGGCGGCCCGCGCCGGCGACAUCGCCGAGAUGCAGCGCAUCCUCGCCGAGAACCCGGCGGCGGCCAACGACCCGCCGUGCGGGUACUACGGCCAGACGGCGCUGCAGGCCGCCUGCAUGCAUGGCCACGAGGCGGCCGUGCGGCUGCUGCUCGACGUCGGCGCCGACGUGCACUUUAGCGGGGGCAACAACUUUCAGAGAAAUGCGCUGCAGAUUGCGUGCGGCAACGGCGACGACAGGAUUGUUGAGAUGCUGUUGGCCGCCGGGGCGAGGGUGAAUGAGGUGAUGUCGGCGUCUGAUGGCCGUGCUCACAAGCAGCCGUCGUCGGGGCCGUCGUCUCGCAUCAAGGUCACGAGAUACAACGGAAGGACGGCGCUCCAGGCAGCCUGCGAUCGCGGGCACAAGCAUCUCGCCGAGCGGCUGCUGCGGCUCGGCGCCGACGUCAACGCCCCGCCGUCGCCCACGGCCGGGUGCACCGCCAUACAGGCCGCCGCGCGCGGCGGCUACCUCCCCAUCGUGGAGCUCCUCCUGCAGCACGGAGCGGACGCGAAUGCUGCGGCGGCCAGGCACAAGGGAUACACCGCUCUGCAGGGCGCCUGCCGAGGCGGCCAUGCCGACAUCGUCGAGCGCCUGCUGCAGCUGCGGGCCGUGGACGUCGACGCCCUGGGAGGCAUGCACGGGGACGGCACGGCGCUCCACGCGGCCGCGGAGGGGGGAAACGCGGACGUGAUCAGGAUGCUGCUGGCGACGGGCGCGAAUAUCAACGCGCGCAGCUGGAAGCGAGGACGGGGACAUACCGCCCUGCAGAGCGCGUUGGCGGCAGGGCACGACGAGGCGGCGAGGGUUUUGAGAGAGAGCGGCGCGACGGAACGAUUGGGCGGUGGCUAUUUCCUAUUCUCGUAG